CUCCAACAAAAUCAAGUCUGUCCAGAAUGUCAAACAGGAAGAACUGUUCCUUUUGAUUCCAGUGUACACAAGCUUCAUAACUCUCAAACCCCAAAAGGACUCAUACCUUGGUAUGAGUAAGGCACCUGCCGAAAUGAACUGGAUGUCUCUACAAGUCCUGCUCGGCGGGGUCAGCCAAUACUCCACUGCAUUCGGCCGCGUCUGGCUAUCCAUAGUGUUCAUCUUCCGAAUCCUGGUGUUUGUGGUGGCUGUUCAACAGGUGUGGAAUGAUGAACAGAAAGACUUUGUCUGCAACACCGCCCAGCCGGGCUGUGCUAACGUCUGCUACGACAAAUUUUUCCCCAUCUCCCACGUCCGUCUAUGGGCUCUGCAGAUCAUUUUCGUCACGUGCCCAUCUCUCAUGGUGGUGGCUCACGUCAAGUAUCGUGAAAUGAGGGACCAGAAGUACACCACUGUCCAUGAGGGUAAACACCUGUACGCCAACCCUGGGAGGAAGCGUGGAGGCCUGUGGUACACCUACAUACUCAGCCUGCUGUUCAAAGCUGGCUUCGAUGCAGGCUUCCUCUAUCUUUUGUACUACAUUUAUCAUUUCGACAUGCCAAAUGUUACCAAAUGCACUGAACCGCCUUGUCCAAACACUGUUGACUGCUACAUCUCCCGUCCUACAGAGAAGAAAAUCUUCACCAUCUUUAUGGUGGUCUCCUCUUCAGUGUGCAUCUUCAUGUGUAUCUGUGAGAUAUUGUACCUGAUUAACAACAAAGUUCGCAAAUACCUGCGCAUACGGAGCGGCCAGAAUAUAGGGCUUAAGGGUAAAUACACAAGAGUGGAUCCAACAGCCUCAUCCAUCCAGAACAUCGUCAACUUGGAAAAGGCAAAAGCCGCAGAAGAUGAAAAGCAUUCAGGACCGACCUAAUAACGGUCUGAACUCUGAUUCUGGAACAAGCAAGUGUGAUCAACAGUAUUGGACAAGUUGGAUCUUCAUGG